ACAUUGGAGGAUUACGAACAUUCCUGCUGUUGAGUCGCCACAGGUGAAAGGGCGGCCGCCUCCCCUCCCCUCCGUUCCUAAAUACAUCUCCGAAACACUCUCCUUGCAGCUCUUCUUCCCUCCGUUGUCCUGGUACCUACGCCCUCACGACCGCGCCGAUGGAAGCAGUGGCCUCUCUGCGAGUUCCCACGGGCCAAGGCGCGCGCCAGUCCCUCGGCGGCCCGAGUUCUUCCCGCCCGAGGUCGGGAUGGGGCCCAGUCUUCGUGAAGACCGCCUCCGUCCGCCCUCCCCGAUCGUCCUUGAACAUCGCUUCCACGGAUUCAUCUCCCCUGGAGGUGAAGAAGAAUAAUGUGGGAAAUCUCACCGAUUGGGAUUUGUCAGCUAGUACAAUGUCUCUGUCACCGUUGGAUGGACGUUAUAUGCAGAAAGUCAAGGACUUACGCCCAUUCUUUAGCGAAUAUGGAUUGAUCCGUCACCGAGUAUUGGUUGAGGUGAAAUGGUUGUUAAAGCUUUCAGAAGUCCCAGAAAUUACAGAGGUCCCGCAGUUCAGUCUGGAUGCUCAGUCUUUCUUGGAAAAAAUUAUUCAUGAUUUUGAUAUAAAUGAUGCCUUAGAAGUAAAAAAAAUAGAAAAAAUAACUAAUCAUGAUGUCAAGGCAGUGGAAUACUAUUUGAAGCAAAGAUGUAAAUCUCAUCCAGAAAUUGAAAAGGUGCUUGAGUUUUUUCAUUUUGCUUGUACAUCCGAGGAUAUAAACAAUUUGGCUCAUGCAUUAUCACUAAAAGAAGCUAUGAACAAGGUCAUUUUUCCAGUCAUGGUUGAUUUAUGUGAAGCAAUACGUGUCAUGGCAAAGGAAAAUGCGCAUAUUCCUAUGCUGUCGCGCACUCAUGGGCAGCCGGCUUCACCCACUACUUUGGGAAAGGAAAUGGCAAAUUUUGCUGUCAGACUAAGUGAGCGUGGUAAGGCUUUCUCCAAAAUUCAUGUAUUGGGCAAGUUUGCUGGUGCAGUUGGAAAUUAUAAUGCUCAUAAAGUUGCAUACCCUGAUAUCAACUGGAAAAGCAUUACUGCAGAAUUUGUACAAUCUCUAGGAGUAGACUUCAAUGCUUAUGUGACACAGAUCGAACCUCACGACUACAUUGCAGAGCUUUUCAAUAAUGUCACGCAGUUUAAUAACAUCUUGAUUGAUUUUGAUAGAGAUAUAUGGAGCUACAUAUCUUUAGGUUAUUUUAAACAGAUAACAAAGGCUGGUGAGAUUGGAUCGUCCACUAUGCCUCACAAAGUAAAUCCUAUUGAUUUCGAGAACAGUGAGGGCAAUCUAUGCUUGGGUAAUGCCGUUCUAUCAGCCCUUAGCAUGAAAUUGCCCAUUUCACGGAUGCAGCGUGACCUAACUGAUUCAACUGUCUUGAGGAACCUGGGUGUCGGUUUAGGUUACUCUCUUCUGGCUUAUAAAAGUGCACUACUGGGAAUCAAAAAGCUCCAGGUGAAUGAAUCUUGUUUAAAUGAAGACUUGGAGCAGACCUGGGAGGUCCUUGCCGAACCAAUUCAAACGGUCAUGCGAAGAUAUGCUGUUCCUGAGGCAUACGAGAAGCUGAAGGAAUUGACCAGAGGAAGAGCUGUGUCGAAGAAGAGCAUCAGAGAGUUUACAGAGAGCUUGGAUUUGCCCCAGGAAGCAAAGACAAUUCUCUUGAACUUGACUCCUCACACCUAUACCGGGGAAGCAGAGAGAUUGGCCAACUCUGUAGAUGAUGCUAUGGACUUGGUCAACGGGUUUAACCUCCCCUAACAGUCAGCAUGAUCCACAACCUUCAUGGACAAGAAAACAUUGGGUGAUGGAGAAGCCAUCGAUGAUAUAAUUAAUACAUGCAGAAAAUAUCAAUACUUCAUUGGAUCUAUCAUUCUGGUGAAUUAUUUUGACAUCUA